AUUGUACUGAUGCUUAAUAUUCUAUACUUAGUUUUGUUUUCAUAUUAAUUAAUUAUUUCAACCCCUGGCAAUGUUAGCUUAGUCCCGCAUACAGCUCCUGCAACAUGGCGGACGUCGACUCUUUGCACGAUUUGUCAGAUGCCGAUGGCGAUCCUAGUGCUGUUGAAGCCGACGCUGAAGAUGAGGAAGCUAAUGAAGAAAGUAUUGAUCCAUCACAACGUAAAAAAAGCAAGAAGAAGAAGCGUAAAACCAAAGAUGUUGAAAGAUCAAGUGGAGAUUCUGACAACCAGGCUUCUGAUCUACCAGAACACAAGCUCUUAGAAGUUCCUGACAACAUUUCACUUUCACAAUCUGGUGUUGAUGCAGAUUCUGAAAGUCAAGGAUCUCAAGAUUCAAAAACUGAAGAACUGUCUGCUAGAUACCCUCAAAGAGAUGAUAUUGAUUUGAGAUCACCCACGGAGGCUCAGAAGCUAGCAAAUCUUACACACAUCCAAAAUGCUCUAGAGCUCCUUUCAUUGCCUCAAGGAGCAGCACCAAAAAGCUUAGAUGAAGCGAAAAAAAAGAAGUAUCAGUUUUGGGAGACCCAGCCUGUACCAAAGUUUGAUGAAGACAUUAAAGUAAAUGAAGAGAUAGAGAAAGACAAAGGUCCAUCUGAAAUUCGUCAGGAACCUUUGACUUUACCAACAGGAUUCAUGUGGGAUACUCUUGAUAUUAGUGCACCAUUGAUUUUGAAAGAAUUGUACACCCUGCUUAAUGAGAACUAUGUGGAGGAUGAUGAUAACAUGUUUCGGUUUGAUUACUCUCCUGAAUUUUUGCAAUGGGCUUUACAGCCUCCUGGUUGGUUAAGAGAAUGGCAUUGUGGUGUACGUGUUAAUAAAAGUAAAAAGCUAGUAGGAUUCAUUAGUGCUGUUCCAGCAAAUAUUAAAAUUUAUGACAAGUCUAAAAAGAUGGUGGAAAUAAAUUUUCUGUGUGUCCACAAGAAACUUCGAGCAAAGCGAGUGGCCCCAGUUCUGAUCAAGGAGAUCACUCGCCGUGUUCAUCUGCAGGGCCUCUUCCAGGCUGUGUAUACAGCUGGUGUUGUGCUGCCUAAACCAGUGGCCUCCUGCAGGUAUUGGCAUCGAUCUUUGAAUCCACGCAAAUUGAUAGAAGUGAAAUUUUCACAUUUAAGUAGAAACAUGACUAUGCAGAGGACGUUGAAGCUAUACAAACUUCCAGAUAAACCUAAAACUCCAGGGUUUCGUAAGCUGCAACCAGAUGAUGUUCCUCAGGCUUAUAAGUUGCUUACAAGUUUUAUGCAGCGUUAUCAGCUAGCACCUUUGUUCAAUGAAGAGGAGUUCCGCCAUUGGUUUAUACCCAGAGAGGGUAUAAUUAACAGCUAUGUUGUUGAGAACAAUGGUACUAUAACUGACUUUGUGAGCUUUUAUUCUCUCCCUUCCACCAUCAUGCACCACCCAACUCACAAAUCUCUGAAAGCUGCUUAUUCUUUCUACAAUGCUAGCACACAAACAACAUGGAUUGAUUUAAUGCAGGAUACAUUGAUAGAAGCUAAAAAUAUGGGAUUUGAUGUCUUCAAUGCACUGGACCUCAUGGACAAUAAGGAAUUUUUAGAGAAGCUUAAGUUUGGAGUUGGUGAUGGCUUUUUGCAGUAUUACCUUUAUAACUGGAAGUGUCCUCAUAUGGAAACAAACCAGGUUGGCUUGGUUUUACAGUGAUGAACAAAUUAUCAUUUCAUUAGUCAUCUUCAUGUGUGGAUGUGUAGUGCUUGACACCUGUGAUAUGAGUUCAGACACUUUGAUGUACAUUUGGCUCUGUCAAGUCAUUCAUUUCAAGGUGCUGCUUGCAAACCAUUGGCUUUUAUUUUAAUAUCACUAAACAGUUCAACUGUGUACACUUCCUAUGGAUGUGACUGUGUGGGAUUCAGUUUUAAUACAAGAUUUCAAGUUUUUAUAAUAUACUUUUACAUGUUUCUUAAAAAUUAGUUAUAAAUGGGUGAUGUUUGUAUUUUUUAAAAAAUAAAAUACAGGAUAGUGAAAAUUAUAGUGGAUAAAGUGGUUUUGUUCAUGUGUCAUAUAUAUAUAAUCCUGAACAAAUACUUUCAAACCAUUAGCUUCCUAAUACAUUCUUUUGCGGUAAUAUUUCAGGGAAAUAUGGUUGUAGAACUAAUAGAACCACUAAGCAUCCUACAGAUGUUAGUUGUUUUUUUUUUUCAUUAUAAAUCAAAACUCUUUAAAUUAUUAUGAAUUCUAUACAAUUAAUUAUGAAAUUGCUUGUGUGGUUUGAGUGCUAAACAUUUUAAUAAUGAUGAUGAGUGCCAAUAUUAUUAGUCCCAUUGGAAUUAUUGUUUUGUUUGUUGUUUGGGGUGGAAUUUGGUUAUCCUUUCAUUAUUAGGCUUGUUAAAUAGUAAUAAUUGAAAGCAAGAGUUUAGAUGGCAUAAAAUGGUUAUCUAUGUACGUGACCUCUAAGCAAGCUAUUGAUGAAGCAUAAGCUUAUACAUCAUGCUUGUAAGCACAUAUUUUUCAAUAUCAUUUCAUCCCAUUGUAAAACAGCAUUGUUAACAUUAUUACUUAUCUACUGAAAUGCAUACUCCUUAAAAGUAUGUAGAUUUUUAUCAUUUUCAAUAUUAAGAGUUAAGAUAUGAAUUUUUGAUUGUUAAUAGUUGGUUUUAGAAAAAUAUUUUGUAUUGUGAGUAGAAUCCCAUCAACUUUGUUAAAUAUGCUUAUACUGCUCAAACUGUACCAUCUUAAAAGAAGUAAAGAUGCCAUGAUUUAAUGAACACAAGAAUAAUAGGUUGUUUGAAAUUAUUUUAAUUAUGUGAUAAUUUUCUAAUGAAUAAAGUCUGUUGCAGGCAGGUUUUGGUUGAGUCUAACUUUGAGUAAGUUUUUUUCUCCUGUCCCCUCAUUUUAAAGGGAAUGCUUGUAGCAGAGACCUGAUGAUUAGCAUAUGGCAUUAAGGCCUAUGUUGACCAAGUUACUUACAGCAACUUAUGAUAGUGUUAGGAUGAGAGUAACAACUGAUAGUCAAAGCCAACAGAUGCUAACUAAUCCCUAAUGGUUUCAUGUUACUUAACGAGCUAUAUAAUAGCCUGAUUUAGCUCGGGUAACACCUCCCCAGCUACCAACAAAUACUGGCUUAACACCUGCCAAUGCCUUCACUUAUAUCUGUAAAAGCCCAAAAUGUCAAUGUAUUUUGUCUUCCUUAACUAUAACUAGAGACGAUAACAUGGAACUGGAUACACUGUUAUUUAAACAUUUCAGCUAUUAAAACAUCAAGAAAAUAA